UUUCAGUCGAACGAGAAACGGAGGAACCUUAGAGAAAGAGUGAUUUCCAUAUUUGUCCUCUCUUCCACGCCCAAUUCGGCAAUUCCCCCUCAGAAUCCCAUUCUCGACAGCCCACCCGAGCCUCACCCAGACCCAAACCCAAACCCAAUCCCAAAACCCGGCAAAAAUGGUAUCCGACUCGGAGCUAAUCGCGCGGCUCCGGGAGUUUCUCCGUGGCUCGGACCUCAACACGACGACCACCGGCACCGUGCGCCGGCGGCUCGAGGAGGAUUUUGGCGUGGAUUUGACGGACAAGAAGGCCUUCAUAAGGGAACAGGUGGACCUGUUCCUCCAGAGCGAGCACGAGGUAGCCGAGGAGGACGGCGAAGCUGAAGAAGAUGAUCGGACGGCGACGGCGGAAACGCAAGAAACUGACCGCUCUGGUUCCAAGAACGAGGAUGAUGAUGAUGAAGAAGAAGAGGUUGAAGAAACGAGUAAUGGGAAGGGUAAACGACGGUCUAACAAGCUUAGUAAUGAGGUAAAGAAAAGAGGGGGUGGUUUCUGUAAAUUAUGUAGCCUGUCUCCACAACUUCAGGAAUUCCUUGGGGAGUCUGAAAUGGCAAGGACUGAGGUUGUCAAGCAAUUGUGGGCCUACAUUAGAGAGAAAGAUUUGCAAGACCCCAAAAAUAGGCGAAAUAUAAACUGUGAUGAACCAUUGCGUGCCCUUUUCCGCGUUGAUUCCAUCAACAUGUUCCAAAUGAAUAAGGUCUUAUCAAAGCAUAUAUGGCCGUUGGAUUCAGAUGAUGUUUUGCCCGUCAAGUCAACACAGAAGGAAAAACAGCGGAAACAAGAAAGAGAAGAAGAUCCAGAUGAGCCAAAAAGGAAGGAAAAAAAGCAGAAGGGAGGGACAUCAGGUUUUCUUGCUCCUCUUCAACUUUCAGAUGCCCUAGUGAAGUUCUUCGGUACUGGGGAAAGUGCAUUAUCACGGGCUGCUACGGUAAAAAGAAUGUGGGAGUACAUAAAACAAAACAACCUCCAGGAUCCAUCUGACAAGAGGAGAAUACUAUGUGAUGAGAAGCUGAAAGAACUCUUUGACGUGGACUCCUUUACUGGCUUCACUGUUUCAAAACUCCUAGCUGCUCAUUUCAUCAAAGCAGAACAGUGAGUCACUUUUACACAGUUCUUGUCAAACCCAAGGGAAUGGAAGUUUUGCUUCUAAGUUUAGUUUAGCUUUCAGUGUUUUAUUUGUUAUUUCUUCUGUGUAUCUUUUUGUACGGCCCACAAACAGGGCAAAUAGAAAAAUUUCAAAAAAAGAAAAAGGGAAAAAAAAUUGAAUUAAUUUCUCUGGCA